AAGCGAUUACCGGCUAACCACACAAUUUUCCCAUUUUGAAAUAUAAAAAAACAAACAAACACCUGACAACAAACAAAACUGUUUUUUUUCUCUCCAAAGAAUGGUUGAAAUGUACAGUGAUCUCGUCAAGACCAUACUAGUGGGAAACAUCCACAGCUGUGUGACGGAGGAGAUUCUGUUUGAGUUAUUUCUGCAGGCUGGGCCAGUGGAAAAGGUGCAUAUAUUCAGAGAUGGACACCAAAGAUCUUAUGGAUGUGUUUAUUAUAAACAUGCUGAAGCUGUUCCCUAUGCAGUAGAACUCCUCAAUGGAAUCUGGCUGUAUGGACAGCCAAUCAAACUGCAGUGUAAAGUUGGUGGCCACUAUCAGGGUUAUGUCCUGCGGUUUGGAAACAUAGAGAAUGGAGUGAUAGCAAACAGUAAGGAUGUCGUGCUCAGGGGCAAUAUGGAUUUGAACGGUAAUGACUGUCCAGUUUUAAAGAACCAAUCUAAUGAAGCACAUGGAUGGAGCAACAUGGUACACAACAGAGCUCCUGAUAUGUGCUCUUCAGUUGUGCCGCCUGUUGUGUGGUACUGUCCACCUCUGCAGCAAUGGAUGAACUCUGGUUACCCCCCUUGGACAUCCUAUAUGGAAGAGAACUCCCUUCUAUUUAGGUCAGACAACACCACGGUGGAUUGUGCAAAUAGAGACCGGUAUACGCAUCCUAAAACAUCUUGCACACAGAAAAAUCCACAAUAUAUUCCACCGACUGCUUUUGAUCAUACUGAUUCAGAUUGUAAGCUGUAAAGCAUUAAUAUCUGUAAAUGAUCUCAUGUAAUAAAGCCAUU